AUGAUUUACUGUCUAUUACAAGUUAUUAUUAUUUGUCUUUAUUAUCUAUCUAUCUAUCUAUCUAUCUACGUGUGUGUGUCUGUAUAUGAAUCUAUACAAGUAUAUUUUAUAUCUUCCCGUCUAUUCACAGCUCUUUUUCAUUUUCUUUCUUUCUUUCACCCUUUCUUUCUUUCAUUCUUUUUUUGUUUUUCUUCCAUUCUUUAUUCUUUCCUUCAUUCUUUCUUUCAUUCUUUCUUUCUUUUUCUUUCUUUCUUUCCUUCAUUCUUUCUUUGUUUCCUACAUUCUUUUUUCUUUCUUUCUUUCUUUCUUUCAUUCUUUCUUCCUUCAUUCUUUCUUUGUUUCCUACAUUCUUUUUUCUUUCUUUCUUUCUUUCUUUCUUUCUUUCUAUUCAGAAUUCAAACUCUUUCCUUGCUUUAUUCUACUUCGAGCGAUUCUUUUCUACUUUACCCUUCUUCACUUAUUACUCUUCCAAUUCCUCUUUUUCUCAUACUUCUUCUCCUCAUCAUCUUCAAUUAUAAUGUUCUUCAAUCCCUCACCUUGUUCUUAUCUUCGUCCACCUUUUCUCCUUUCUUCUCCUCCACCUACUUUUCAUACACCUCUUCAUCUUCUUUGUCCACCGCUUCUCUUCUUUCUUCUCCUCCACCUACUCUCAAUCAACCUCCAUCUCUUUAUCGUCUUUCUCCACCUCUUCUCUUCUUUCUUCUCCUCCGCCUACUCUCAAUCAACCUCCAUCUCUUUAUCGUCUUCCUCCAACUCUUCUCUUCUUUCUUCUCCUCCACCUACUCUCAAUCAACCUCCAUCUCUUUAUCGUCUUCCUCAAACUUUUCUCUUCUUACUUCUCCUCCACCUACUCUCAAUAAACCUCUAUCUCUUUAUCGUCUUCCUCCACCUAUUCUCUUCUUUCUUCUCCUCCACCUACUCUCAAUCAACCUCCAUCUCUUUAUCGUCGUCCUCCACCUCUUCUCUUCUUUCUUCUCCUCCACCUACUCUCAAUCAACCUCCAUCUCUUUAUCGUCUACCUCCAACUCUUCUCUUCUUUCUUCUCCUCCACCUACUCUCAAUCAACCUCCAUCUCUUUAUCGUCUUCCUCCACCUCUUCUCUUCUUUCUUCUCCUCCACCUACUCUUAAUAAACAUCCUUCUCUUCAUCGUCUUCGUCCACCUCGUCUAUUCUUUCUUCUCCUCCACCUACGUCUCAUACUCUUACAUCACUUCACCGUCUCUUUGCACCUCGUCUCUUCUUUCUCUAUUCCACCUACUCUUCAUCUUAUUCCACCUUUUUCUUCUUUCCACUCCUCCACCUACUCCUCACACACCUCCGUCUCUUCGUCGUCUUUGUAAACCUAUUCUCUUCUUUCCUCUCCUCCACCUACUCUUCAUACACCUCCGUCUCUUCGUCGUCUUUGUAAACCUAUUUCUUCUUUUCCUCUCCUCCACCUACUCUUCAUACACCUCCGACUCUUCGUCGUCUUUGUAA